AUGGAAAUGGAGCCGGACGGCUCUAGUUCGAAGAAAGCGAACCCCCUGUCUGGACCCUGGCAGAGUCGGAGCGAAUCGUCCAACCGCCGCCCUGAUGAGGAUGAUGGACGCGUCGACCGCAUCAGCAACCUCCCCGACCCCAUCCUCGGCGAGAUCGUCUCGCUCCUCCGCACCAAGGAAGCCGCCCGCACCCAGAUCCUCGCGUCCCGGUGGCGCCACAUCUGGCGCUCCGCGCCUCUCAACCUCGACUGCCGUCGCCUCCCCGACGAGGAGCACGGGCUCGCCGGCGUGGCGUCGCGAAUCAUUUCCGCCCACCCGGGGCCCGGCCGCCGCUUCCGCAUCCCCGCGUAUUACCUCCAGGACCGGGCAGGAACCGUGGACGCCUGGCUCCGGUCCCCCGCCCUCGACAAGCUCCAGGAGCUUGAGUUCUGCCAUGUCUCGAACUAUCGACCACGACUGCUUCGGCCGUUGGCACCGCCACCUGCCUCCACAUUCCGUUUUUCACCCACCCUCCGUGUUGUUACCAUCGGGAGAUGCCUCCUCCCGGACAGCACCGUCCAAGGGCUUCACCUCCCCCAACUUAAGCAGCUGGCGCUUGAACGGGUGAGCAUCUCUGAGGGCACGCUCUGUAGCCUCAUUGCCAGGUGCCCCGCCUUGGAGUGCUUGCUGAUUUACUACAGCUUUGGCUUCCGAUGCGCACGGAUCAACUCCCAUAGCCUUAUAAGCAUAGGUGUGCGUCUGCGGCAUCGUUAUCUUUCUGAUCAUGAGACAGAUGAGCCGCAGUUUAGAGAACUCAUCAUCGAGAAUGCCCCUUCCCUUGAGAGGUUGCUCCGUGUCGAUAUACUUGAUGGCCUGCAUGUAUCCAUAACCUCCGCGCCUAAGCUGGAAACCUUAGGUUCCCUUCAUGGUGAGAUGUACCUCAGUUCCUCAAUUCUUCAGCGAUUGCCCAGUGAUAGCCACACGACGGUGGUUGGCGCUGUCAAGUUCUUGUAUGUCAGAAUUACUUGUCUGGAUAUAGGCACGACACUUCAGUUGUUGAGAUGUUUUCCAUGCUUGGAGAAGUUGUACAUUCAGCAGUCGAUAUCAGGGGAUCUGAAUUUGUGGAAGCGUAAACACCGGGACCUAAUCAAGUGUCUUGACCUUCGUCUGAAGAAGGUCGUUAUGCAAUAUUAUCGGGGCAUCAGGGCGCAAGUUAACUUUGCCACAUUCUUCAUACUGAACGCGAAAAUGCUGGAGUUGAUGUCAUUCAAAGUUGAUGCCGAAUAUUACUGCCGGGCCUUUUUAGCAAACAGCGCAAGAAGCUUCAGUUGGAGAAACGGGCUUCAAGAGGUGCUCGGUUUCACUUUCAAACUGAUAGACUUCUCCGCUGUUAUUCGAUGAUCAAUAAUGUCCGUGAUUUGGAUUUAAGUGAUCCGUUCGUAUGCAAGUGUUAGAACUUGGGUUUAGGUCUGUUGAGUAGUCUUUCUUGACGAUCUCAGUUUGUGUAUUGUCUGUGUUGAGAGUCGCAGAUCAUAAGCACAAAUUGGAACUUGUCUUGUCAUCGAAAUUAAUGAUGAAAAAUGGAUCGUCGCAUUAUUUUGUGCCAAAAAGAAGAAGAAGAAGCAAUUGUGUGCCGGCCUGAAUUUCUAUUACUGAAUCUCUGUCAAAUACAAUACAGUAGGACCUAAGCCUCCCAAGAUGUUACUACAUGAGGUUACCAUUACAAAUUUACAAACACAACUACGUACUCCAGCUUGUAGUUAAAUACUGUAUGAUU